ACCACUUACCUUAGCAUAAACUUAGAUCAGAAACAGAAAUGAAAAUGAGGUCUUGGGCCUUGACAAUACUCUGUUUGUUGGCCGCAUUACUAAUUACAAAAGGCUCAGCCGAGCAAUGUGGUAGGCAAGCUGAGGGUGCACUUUGCCCAGGAGGGCUUUGCUGCAGCGAAUACGGUUGGUGUGGCACCACAUAUGACUAUUGUGGUCCUGGUUGCCAAAGCCAAUGCUCCAUCACUCCUCCUCCUCCUCCUCCUCCUCCUCCUCCUACUACUCCGCCUCCUCCUCCUCCUCCUUCACCGCCAGGUGGUGAGAAUAUCACCAAUCUCAUUACUAGGUCUAUGUUUGAUCAAAUGUUUCCAAAUCGAAACUACAGUAGAUGCAAUAGCGAGGAUUUCUACACCUACGACGCCUUCAUAACCGCGGCCAAGUCCUUUCCUGCCUUUGCCACCACUAGCGACACCGAUACAUGUAAAAGGGAGCUUGCAGCUUUCUUCGGCCAAACUUCCCAGGAAACUUCUGGUGGCUGGGAGACUGCACCAGGUGGGCGUUACAUGUGGGGAUACUGCUUUAUUAAAGAAUUAAACCCGCCUAGUGACUACUGCGAUCAAGGAUCUCAAACUCAAUGGCCCUGUGCUCCCGGCAAGCAAUAUUACGGCCGAGGCCCAAUCCAACUUUCCUACAAUUACAACUAUGGACAAGCGGGAGAGGCCUUGGGAUUGGACCUCUUGAACAACCCAGAUCUAGUAGAAACUGACCCAGUCAUCUCAUACCAGACGGCUCUAUGGUUUUGGAUGACUCCACAAUACCCAAAGCCUUCGUGCCACGAUGUCAUCAUUGGAAAUUGGACACCAACGUCAGCUGACCAAUUGGCAGGUCGGGUUCCUGGGUACGGUGUCAUCACAAACAUCAUAAAUGGCGGUCUUGAAUGCGGUCAUGGCGAGGAUUCAAUUGUUAAGUAUCGCAUAGGGUUCUAUCAGAGGUACUGUAGUGAUGAAAUAUUUGAUGUUAGCACCGGUGACAACCUUGACUGCUACAACCAGUCGCCUUUCGGAACCGGACUCUUGCUUGACUCUAUGUAAUUGCAACUUCCCUACCGUUGUUGCAAUCAGUUCAAAACUGCACAAGCCACUGUUGCACUAAACUAAAAUAAGUGUGCACAAUAACAAUGACUAUCAACUUUUUCUGUUCCGGCUC